AUGGCUGCAAAAUACAAAAAAGUUGUAGAGGAGGCAUCAGAUGAGUCAAGUGGCUCCGAGUUAGAGGAAGGUUGUGGAACUUUCCACCAAAUUCAAAGUCAAAUCUUUUCCGCUCUUGGGAAGGCAAUAACUUGCGAGUAUUUUCUGCAGUACUGUGAAGCUGUCAGCCUAUACAGAACGUCACGCAGAUAUUUGGCCAACCUCUGGAUAAAAUUGAGAAUGAUGCAGAAAAAGAAUAUAUAUAAAUUUCCAGAAAACAUGACGGAAAUAAGCAGGUCGUUGCACAAUUGUAUGAACGCGAUUAAGAGCAGAGCGGAAGAGAUGAAUAAGUUCCGUGAGCAUUUUUCAUCGAUAGCCUCUGAACAGGUGUUGGACGAUCUUGAUAUAACAGUCGAUGAUUUGGGUUCAAAUCGAAUAAAAGACAUGCUAACCGUUAAAAAGGCACUGAAAAGAUUAUAUAACAAGAAUAAGGCUGUAAGAGACAUAGAUCUCUCAGACGAAAAUGAAUCCACAAAGGAAAAUCAACUCGGAGUUUUUGUACGUAGGCGAAGGAACACCAUUGAGGAAUUGGUCGAUUUUAAAAAAAUUCGUUGCUCAAAAGAUGAAGAUUUUUUCAACUUGGACGAGGCAACAUUCAAGCCUCUUUCGGAAGGAAAAAUUCAGGAAUUGAUAAAAAUUGAUUCCGUUGAUGUCUUUCUAGUUUCUCCGUCUUCAGCGUUAUUCAUCCAGCACAAUUGCUGUGCGCACAUUUAUCAUUACGAAGAUCGCGAUGAAGAAAUUGUUAAAAAGUGUUAUGUGAAUCAUUAUUUUCAAGUUGGUAUUUGGAUUUAUCCCUUGCAUCAUAACGUUACUCCGAUGCUUAAACAGAAUGAUACUUUCUUCUUUCCCGAUUUCUCUUCUGAAGCUCUUGAUCAAUUUGUUGCCUUCAAGUCAAACAGCAUAGAAUCUCAAGGAUAUUUAGAGGCACUCCUUGAAAACCAUUGUUACUACAUCAAAGAGCAACAAAAGCCUAAAAGCAUUAAAUGUGUAGGCGAAGUAGCGUCUAGCGUUGGAAUUUUAUUUCCGAAAUAUUUCUUCUCAAUGGUAAAAAAUGAAUUGAAUGUGACUCCCGACGUUGAGGAAAAAAAUUACAAGAUUGUCGACGAUGUUUGGAGGUUACUCCAUGAAGAACCGACAUGCAACGACUUGGAUAUAAUCCAUAGGAUGAAGGAUGCAGCUGCGUAUUUUCAAUAUUCAAUAGAAAAUGGAUCAGUAAAAUACGACAAUGAUGAGCAGAGCAACGACCCAUGUUUGAACUCAGCUGGUGUGAUCACAAUUGUCUCCAACAACGCCAUUGCAUCUUAUUUCAUCUGUAAGCUAUUGAAUUCUAAAAACGACGAUAAGACAUCGGAAAAUGAUGACACAUCGGAGAUUUAA